AUGUCUAGCCGUGCCUCUGAGCUAGCCAGUCCAGUCUCGCCUUCGAGAACUACAAGCAUUCGCAAACUUACCAAUAUCAUUCUCCGGCCGAAUCGCCGAGCCGGACGAGGUGACCGCGAUAGAGUCAGCCCACCUUCAUCGCCGUCUUUGUACUCUCUGUCGUCCGAUGGAGACUUACGGUCCACCACUGGAUUCGACACAAAUGGACCACUGGAAGAAGAGGAAGAUUCACAACCACUAUUGUCUCCGACUCUUAGCACUUUCUCCAAUAUGGAGACCGAAGGCCAGGGACUCCGCAGACCACCACCCUUGGAAGUUGUGACUAUGGGUUUGGAUGCCGAACGCUCAACACUCAACUCACCCACCCGGCGACCACAAAGAACUUCGGCCGAUUUUUCAUGGGCGAUGAGAGUCCGACCGCAACGAAUCAUCAUUGCUGACAAGGAGGGCGAUGAAUUUAUCAGCAGCGACACCGCGAGUGUUCGUUCUGGAGGAGUUUGGGAUCCGCCACCGAUUAUGUCGCCUGCAGAAUGGCUGACAUCGACAUCCAAUUGCAAAGAGUCAGCGGAACUACAGGAUAUGUCGAGUCCGCUGUCUCCGGUAAUUCAGGACGGAAUGUCUUCUUCCGACUCCUCUCCGGCUACACCGCGUUUUCAAGCAGCGACCGAGAUAGAUCACGCACUGAAACGUCAAGUCAAUAGACCUCCCAGCAUCACCGGGGUCUCUCCAACCAGUGUGCAGCGUGCUCGGUCAUCUAGUGAGCCACAGCGCUUGUUCCUGGGCAAUGUAACAGCGCCACAGCAUGCUAAUACCGUUCCUACGACGCCAACCGGCGCAAGACCCGGCUUUAUAACACCACCUGUUGCUGAACCGACAACCAGUCAUUCCCGUCGCUCCUCAAUGGCCAGCCCCAUCACUCCCAGACCAACUCCCCCCGAAGACGUCUACUUUACUGCUGCCGGUCGACGCGAGUCACGCAUGUAUAUCAGUCCCGAUAGCCCUACCGCCCAACUCACGCCAGUGCGGACCCAUGGACAUUCCAGCAGCGCUCCAACAACUCUGUCUCCUGCGGCAGAUGUAGAUCCUUCUUCGACGUCUGUUCGUUAUGCAACCUGGAACAGCUUCAGGAAGCGGGCAAUGACAACAACAACAGCAUCAAGUCGGCCAUUUGAUGAUUCAGUGCGGGAUGAGUUUGACCCGUAUGGUUAUACGGACAACACUCCCGUGUCGAGGAGAGAAGAACAGUGGUCUGGAGAAUGGAAUCGCGAGGACAUUCAAGAGGUCAUUGAGGGUUUGAGAGCGUUGAAGUGA